AUUUUCCAUCAUUAAUCCUGGAUUCGCAUCUUGUUUGUUGGGUUGUUCUUGCACAGAGGAGAACUUGGGGAGAUCUUUACUAUGCAUGGAAACCUCCAUGGGACAAAUCCCAGAGGACAUUCCUGAUGAUUUCACCAGAAUUCGAAUUGAAAACUGUCACCUGACUGAAUUACCUCGAGGUUCUUUCUCUAAAGUUAGUGCCUUGGAGUUUCUCUGGCUGAAUUUCAAUCAGAUCACCCUGAUGAGCAUCAAAAGCCUGGAAGGGCUCGCCAACCUGACUGAGCUCAGGCUGCAAGGUAACAAGCUGACCUCAGUACCAUGGACAACAUUUCAGGACACACCCAAACUCAAGAUUUUGGAUCUGAAGCACAAUCGACUGGAUGUACUGCCUGAACAUGCAUUGCGACAUUUACCUGCACUGACCUACUUAGAUUUAUCCUUCAAUCAGCUUAGCAUAAUAUCAAAAGACGUGUUUAUUAAUUGGCCUCUUUACCAAACUGCAGAGAAAGCAUGGGGGAAAGAAGGGGUGGUGUCGAAUGUGGUUUUGGCUCUGCAUGACAACCCCUGGUUGUGUGACUGCCGUCUCAAAGGCUUUGUUGAAUUCAUCAGGGGGGUCAGCCCUCCCAUCAUUUUGAUGAAUUCUUACUUGAUGUGCUCUGGUCCAACCUCCAAAGCUAACAAGUUUUUCCAUGAGAUCCAGUUAAAAACAUGCAUGAAGCCGGUGGUCUCUGGCCCAGAGACCAACAUAACUCUACCUCUUGGUGCAAAUGCAACAUUGAGCUGCAUAGUCAAGGCCAGACCAGCCCCAACUAUUCAAUGGAUGUACAGUCUGAAGAUCAUAAGAGGAUUUGCUGCUACACAGACUCAGAAAGAUGAGGAGACAGUCACUUCUCAGCUGGUGAUUCCUUCCAUUCACAUAGCAGACCGAGGGCUCUACACUUGCCUGGCCAACAAUUUUAUUGGAAACUCCUCAGUCAGUAUUACACUCAGCAUCAACACCCCAAACUCAUCUAUUCCUCCUCCUCCACCUGUGCCCAUGCUGUCAUCUGAUGACAAUGCCCACAUUAAUAUCCGCAUCGCCAAACAGACAGUUUAUGGCAUCACCUUGGAAUGGUAUACAAUAACAGAAAAUCCUGCAGAAACAUGGUUCACCAUCCAUUUUGGUAAAUAUGAUUCACCCAAAAAGGAGAUGAUCUACAUCGGCCCUGGCAUCAACAGCUACUCCGUCAGCGAUCUGCUUCCAGUCACAAAAUAUGAAGUGUGUGUCACCCUGAAGAACCAUCCACCCAGAGAAGGCCAGUGUAUUGUGUUUGUGACAGGAAAUGAUAUUAGUGAGCUGGAGCAAAGAGAAAGGCUGAUCCACAUUAUAGUCAUUGUGUGUGCAAUGGUGCUGGCUGUGCCAGCCGGCAUGUAUGCAUGCACCACAGAGGCCAGGUUCAGCUGUGUGGAUCGCUGCGUGGAUCUGUGGAGGAAGCGGAGGAUGCAUGGAGACAACCUGCAGGGGACAGAGAGGCAGGGCAGCUUCGAUAGCCUGCAGGCAGCCAGCGAUGAAGCACUGUGCAGGGACUCAGAGGAAAAGCCAAAAAAAAGGCGGAAGUCUGAAGAUAGGUGCAAAGGAGGAAGUGCAGCUCAACUGUACUAA